AAUAGAGACGAGGACCGUUUUAGUUUAACUCUUUUCGUUUUUUCUUUCCAUUUUUCAAUUCUGGAUUGUGGUGGUGGUUGAUGUGCAUUUGCAGAUCUUACUUCGCCAUCGCUUGCGCGUGGAUCUGCAAAUGCGCACCGUUUCGAUCGCUUCGUCCGUCAUUAAUCUUUCUCUGAAGCUCAGUCCGAAGUUUGUUCAUGCGAUCUCUUAAUUGAGGGGGGAUUAUAAUGAUUUGGAGAAGCAACUGGAGAGAGAAUUGCAGUCCAGUGGGAAUUGGGGUAUUCUAUUUUAGUUAUCUGCCAACAAACUAUGGAAGGUGACCAGACAAUCCUUGCUGCAUCAGAAGGGGUGAUAGAAGGUGUUCAGAAAAUUAGAUCUCUGAAUGGGAGGACUACUGGCCCUACAAGGCGCUCUACAAAAGGACAAUGGACACCUGAAGAGGACGAGAUUUUGCGGAAGGCUGUUCAGCGUUUCAAAGGAAAGAACUGGAAAAAAAUAGCGGAGUGUUUCAAGGAUAGAACUGAUGUACAAUGCUUGCAUAGGUGGCAGAAAGUCUUAAAUCCAGAACUCGUCAAAGGUCCAUGGUCUAAAGAGGAGGAUGAAAUAAUUAUUGAUUUGGUGAAUAGAUAUGGACCUAAAAAGUGGUCUACUAUCGCACAACACUUACCUGGACGUAUUGGUAAGCAAUGUCGAGAAAGGUGGCAUAAUCAUCUUAAUCCUACUAUAAAUAAGGAAGCAUGGACGCAAGAAGAGGAGUUGGCUCUUAUACGCGCACAUCAGAUUUAUGGGAACAGAUGGGCAGAAUUAGCGAAGUUAUUGCCUGGAAGGACAGACAAUUCUAUAAAAAACCAUUGGAAUAGUUCUGUAAAAAAAAAAUUGGAUUCUUACUUGGCAUCGGGCUUGCUUACUCAGUUACAAAAUGUACCACUUGUUGGAAAUCCGAAUCAACCUAUUGCUUCCAUCUCUUCGAGGUUGCAGCAGAGUGGAGACGAUAAUGGUCCUAGGGGGGCUGAAGGGGAGGAAGUUUCACAGAGUAGCCAGGAGUCAGCUAAAGCUGGUCACUUUUCGUCAGCCAGAGAGAUGAGGAGUGUUGUUUUACAAACUGGAGAGGAAUACAAACCAAAUGAAAAACCUAGUCAAGCAUCCUGUUCAGAGCCAUAUUACGUGUCUCUGGAUGAAGUAACUGCAUCCCUUCAAGACAUGGCUGGCCAAGGGAUUUGCACUUCUCAAUUCAUUGAACAGAAAUAUUCACACAAACCUAGAAACUCCACAAACGGGGACUGCCAGCUUGAUUUACUUGACUUGACCCAUAUUUCCUCAAUGGACUUUGGGCCGGAAUCAUCACAGUUGCAAAAUGAUAGGGUAGCUCCUAGUGAAAGUCCCGACAUGGUGAAUAUUCCGUUUCAGACUUCGAUGGGGUUAGGUGUUGCAACGACCAUGGGAUCUAUAUCUGUUAAACUAGAACACAUAUUGAUGUCUGAUGAUGAAUGUUGCAGAAUCCUAAUUUCAGAAGCAAUAGGUGAUGAAUGCUUUUCUUCUGGAGAUUAUAAUAAAGGUGUUAACAUGGUUAACUUGUCAGGAUGCACCUCAUUUCUUUGUCAGUCAUUACCAUCUGUCCAAUCAGUAGUUUCUUCUACUGGUGAUAGGUUGACGUAUACGGUCGAACCCAAUCAGUUGGUUGGGUCUGAGGAUCAGCAGUUUGUCUCCAGAACACAGGACAACAUAAUUUAUGCCAAUGACUUGUCCAGUUCUCCUUGUAUCCAUAGGAUAGACAGCACAGAAAUGCAAGAGCCAUCAGAUGUUGUGAAAGAUGAUUCAAAAUUGGUCCCUGUAAAUAGUUUUGGCUGUGGAUCAGACGCUAAGCAAACUUCCUAUCCAACGGAUGAAAAGCCAAAUGUGCCUACAGAACAAGAGGACACAGGUGCUCUAUGUUAUGAACCUCCCCGCUUUCCAAGCUUGGACAUUCCUUUCUUAAGCUGUGAUCUUAUACAAUCUGGAGGUGAUAUGCAGCAGGAAUUCAGUCCCCUAGGUAUCCGCCAAUUUAUGAUGUCUUCUAUGAACAUGAACCUAACUCCUUUUAGAUUAUGGGACUCACCUUCUCGUGAUGAUAGUCCAGAUGCUCUGUUAAAAAGUGCAGCUAAAACCUUCACAGGUACACCAUCUAUAUUAAAGAAACGAAACCGAGACCUUUUAUCUCCACUAUCAGAUAAAAGAAUUGACAAGAGACUUGAGAUUGAAAUGACAUCAACCUUGAUAAAAAACUUUUCCCGAUUGGAUGUCAUGUUUGACGACAAUGAAACUCCGGUAGCAGAUUUGCUUCCUGCAUCUUCAAUGCAAAAGAGGGACUCUGGUACCUCUGUUGAAGGUGAUAAAGGGAGUUGUCGACAAGAUUUAGUUAAAGUGGAACGAGCAGAGGAUAAAAAGAAGUCUGUAAUUUUGGACGACAAAAAAUCAGAAGACGAUUCGGGUGGUAAUAAUUCUCAGGAUAAAGUUAAGCAGCAACCUCUUGAUGUUGAUUCUGAGAUAAAGAAUGAUGCUAGUGCUGCUGCUGAGAUUGUGCAACAACCAUCUGAAAUUUUGGUUGAACAUGAUAUGAAUGAUCUGUUACUGUAUUCACCUGAUCAGGUUAAUUUGAAAUCAGAAAAAGUUCUUAGUUUAAGUGCUAGAACUAAAAAAAAUCCAUGCUCAAGGAUUAACUCACCAUCUGUUUGGGUAAAGGAGCAUGAAAGACUUUCAGUUGCUGUUACUUGUGUACAGUCUAUCAGUUCAUCCGGCUCAGGGGAGAAUUCGGGUGAUCACACUGGAAACGAUGGUGGUCUUGAAACAUGUAACAUAUUUGGUGGAACACCUUUUAGGAAAAGCAUUGAAUCGCCUUCAGCAUGGAAAUCUCCUUGGCUCAUUAACACUUUUUUGUCCAGCCCCAGGAUUGAUACUGAAAUUACAAUCGAGGAUUUUGGGUAUUUCAUGAGCCCUUGUGACAGAAGCUAUGAUGCAAUCGGGUUGAUGAAACAGAUCAGUGAACAAACUGCUGCUCAAUAUGCCAGUGCUCAAGAGAUUCUAGGAAAUGAGACUCCCAAGGCAUUACCAAAAGAGGCGUCCAGAAAUGACAGGGAUGGAGACCAGGAAAAUAUCGAUGCUCAUGAUCAGCAUGGGAACCAUUCUCAGUUGGCUUCAAGUGCUUUGGUGGAGCGACGUGUACUUGACUUCAGCGAAUGUGGAACUCCGGUCAGAGGUGAUAGCAGCAGCAAAUCCUCAGCUAUGAGCUUCUCAAGCCCUUCUUCGUAUUUGUUGAAGGGCUGUAGAUAGUUGAUCGUGCACUGAAAUGCUAUAAAGCCUUCGGUUGAUGUACUUUUCGUCUCCAAGUAUAUUUUAUAUAUAGUUUACUAUUUUUUUUUAUUUCUUUAUCUAGCUUAUAGUGAUAAGACUUGAAUUUGUAAUGGUAACAAAGAAUUCUAUUUAAGCUUGUGUCGAUUCUGGAUUCUUAAUUUGUCACCUCUAUAGUAAGCAAAUACACAUGAGAGGAUUUAUAACA